AUGGCGUCUAGAUUUUUUGCGGUCCUUGCAUUGAUGCUCCUGCUGGGUACAUCUGCCGAUGCGGCGUCUCAGGCGUACAGGAGAUGCCCGGAGCGUCAAGGCCCGUGUCUCGCCUGCCCCACCACCGAGUCCCUCCCAACCAUCGCCACCUACAACGGCGUGCAACUCGGCGGCUAUCUCGCUCACCCGUCCGCCACCGACAGCGGGCCGCAAGGCACGCUGCUGAAUCCCGAGGACACGAAUACCGCGUUCAUGCCGAUCCAGAGCUGCUGCGCCAAGUGCCUUGCGAACGAUAGGUGUGCCUACUGGCACUGGUACCAGAAGCAGGACACCACGGACGGUCGCUGCGCGCUGUUCGACGACUCGCAGUGCAGCUUCGGAAACUACGGCAAGUUCCGCGUGUACUCGUCGAUCAACAUCUACGCCUUCAAGCGCUGCGGCGCUCCCGUCACCCCGCCACCCGCCGCCAACACAUCUUGCCCCACCUUCACCUGCACCGGCUCCGCGCCGUCCGCCACGGACAAUCUCAGCACCUUCCCCGGCGCGCAGGCCGGGCGGAUCUACGAGAGCUACUCGCCGGCGACGGGGCCGACGCUGGUGGCGGAUAAGGGCCUGGUGUCGGUGACGGAAUGCUACAACACGGCGGCCAGCAUGUGGCAAGAAGACGUCAAGUAUUUCACGUGGGAGCGCAGCUCCAACGGCCUCGGUCGCUGCCGUUUGCUGUCAUCGCAGGCUUGCAACUACCAAUCACCCGAUGGGAACGCUGGCACUCCAGUGUUUAGUCCGUCCGCGCCUGGCACCUACUCACCCGUCUGGGCUCUCCAUGCCGCGCGCCACGACGGCGGAAAGCGCGCGACGCCCCCUGCACGCCGUGAUUCCGCCAUUGCGGGAGCCGCGGACUCCGCAAGGCGGCGGUCCGCGCGCGCCAAGAUCACGUGGGGGCGACCGAGACCCAGCGAAGCCGGCGUAAGGCGGCGCACUAGCAGCGCCGCAACUGGCGGCGGAGGCCGGGCGCUUAGUCCGAGCCGCGGCAGUAUCGAGUAUCCGGACGGCGGCGUUUUCAGCGUGGACGGCGAGGAUGACGAGGACAGCGUGUUUCACUCCGUUGUCAUUCCCAGCCCUCGCGCGACGCUCGAUACGCUCCAUCUCGCCGCGUCUGCCGCCGCAAACGCCACUGUCAGCCCUUCACCCGCGUCCUCCUCAUUCGCAGAACCGCCAGGACCGGACUCUUCGGCGCAAGCUGCGGGUACUGCUUCUGCUGCCGCUGCAGCUCCUCCUCCGCCGUCCACGUCAACCGCGCCUGCCACGUCAGCCACGUCUGUUGGCUCCGCUGGCCAUUCCCGGGGCGCUGUGGGCAAGAAGAAAAGCCGCCUGGCGAAAGGCAAGGCCGCCGUUUCGGGAGGGACGGGGGGCGGCGGCUUCAGCGAGCGACCGGUGAUAGAUGAGAUCAAGAAGGUGGUGUCGGGUGGUGGUGACGAGCCGCACUACCGGCACAGCCCGCAGGAGUACGAGAUCUGGCAUAUCGACGAUGAAGGGAAGCGGGUGCUGGAGGUGAACGGACGCGGCGAUGUGUGGCAACGGGAAGUGAGCCGACGACAGCUGCUCAAGAUCAGUGGGCUGACCCAGCGGGACGUGAGGCGCAUUGACCCCUCGCUGUGGGUCACCAACUCCAUGCCCGCCAUCCUUGUGCGGGACAGCGCCAUUCUGCUGAAUCUAGGGUCGCUGCGAGCCAUCUCCACAGCACACACCGUCCUCAUAUUCGACUACAACAGUGUGGGAGCGCAGUCAUUCGUGGAGGUGCUGCUGGAGCGCCUGCGCCUGGAUGCUGACGUGUCCAUCAGUGGAGGACCUGCUGUGCCCUUCGAACUCGAGGUGGUAGAAUCAGCCCUCAUCUCCCGCACUCAACGCCUGGAGAGUGCCCUAAUGGACAUAGAGCCGCGCGUGCUCUCCCUGCUCGAAGUCCUCCCCAACCGUCUCACCGCCGACAAUCUGGAGGAGCUGCGGCUGAGCAAGCAGGCGCUGGUGGAGCUGGGGUCCAAGGCGGGUGCGCUCAGACAGAUGCUGCUGGAGCUGCUGGAACACACGAAUGAGCUGCGGCGGAUUACUGCUAUAGAUAGGCAGUGCCGGGUCAACAAGGACGGCGCUUUUGAGUGCCCCACCGCUGCCGACACGCUGCUGGCUGAAGAGGAGGAGCAGGAGAUAGAGAUGGUGUUUGAGUACUACCUGCAGAGGUGUGAGUCGUGCCAUGGGCAGUCGGAGAAGCUGCUGGACUCAGCCAAGGAGAUGGAGGACUCCAUCGCUGUCAACCUCAGUUCGCGACGCUUGGAGGUGGGGCGGUUGGAGCUGUUGCUGCAGGUGGGCACAUUCGCUGCAGCGCUGGGAGCACUCAUUGCAGUGCAGUGCGGGUGGUUCAUACCACUCUGCCCCUCCUUUGACCGCCUCCAAUCGCUGUAUUGA